AUGUCUGAAAGUUCAACGGUUCCCUUUGACAAUAGGUACGGUGACAAGUGUGAGCCAGAGGUUCCAUUGCCACCUUUUGCUACAGUAAGUACGUCGGAUGAGCCACCACGGACUCUUUGGAUGGGGGACUUGGACCCUACAUUCGAUGAACUUACGAUAAAAGAAAUUUGGAAAAGACUAGGUAAAAACGUAUCUAUUAAGCUUGUUAGAGCCAAGAAGAACCUACUAAUUCCCUGUAGUUCAUUUACCAACAAUAGUGGUGGAAAUUCAAAAAAUGAAACUGAAGAAAGUUCUAUUACUAUCAAUGGUAUUUCCUUUAUAGACCCAAUGACUACACAAUUACACCAUGCUGGUUAUUGUUUCAUUGAAUUUGAUUCAUUGAAAGAUGCACAGUUUGGACUUUCGUUGAAUUCAAAACCAAUACCAAAUUUCAAAUCAAUUUCUACAGAGUUGGAAACAAAUCCAUCGGGACAGAGAACGUUUAGAUUGAAUUGGGCCUCAGGCGCAACGUUACAAAGUUCAAUUCCAACAACUCCAGAAUAUUCACUGUUUGUUGGGGAUUUGUCACCAAUGACAACAGAAGCUGACUUAUUAAAAUUGUUUCAAAAGACUUUCAAGUCAGUCAAAACCGUUAGAGUGAUGACUGAUCCCAUCACUGGUGAGUCCAGAUGUUUUGGAUUUAUCAGGCUUAGUGAUGAAUUUGAAAGAGAAGAAGCCUUGGAUAAGAUGAAUGGUACCCUCCUACAUGGGAGACAGCUAAGGGUUGCAUUAGCUAAUCCAAGGAAUGCCAAUUUGCAAGAACAGGCACCCUCACAAGUUGUGGAAGACAAAAAGAAACAUAAUGAGCCAUUACUAUUGGAAACAGCUAAGAAAUUAUUCAGCAAAGAAUUACUAAAAAAUAGCUCGUCAAAUGUUAAUGAUGUGAAAUCGAACGAAGAUCAUAGUGACAAUGAUCCAACUAAUACCACUGUAUUUGUCGGCAAUUUGAAUUGUAAGAUCACUGAAGAUGAAUUACAAAAAGUCUUUGAGCCCUUUGGUGCAAUUGAAAAAGUGAAGAUUCCGCCAGGUAAGAAAUGUGGGUUUGUUAAGUUUUGUAAUAAGAUAGAUGCAGAAGCUUCAAUGUAUGGAUUACAAGGUUAUUUUGUUGCAGGGUCGCCAAUUAGAAUUUCUUGGGGUCGCUCUCGCAAUAGUAACAGCAGUGGCAGUGCUAAUGCUAUUAAUCGCCCCAGUGAAAGCUCUUUUAUGAAUGAAAACAGUCAAAGUGAUAGCAGUACUUAUAAUUUGAAAUACAACCCUGUAAUAUGGGAAAACAAAGUAUGGACAGAGGAAGUGCCAGCAGUGCCAAAUUAUGAGCAAAUUAGAAAUCCUCAAUUCUUGAUGAGUCAGAAACAAACCGUACAAGCGACGACUCAUGAACCAAAUUAUUAUUCCACUCAACAAAAGAUGUACCAACAAGUUCCUAGACAGCAUCCAGAGCCGAAUAUUACAGCUUUAUACCAACAACAAUAUCAGCGUCACAAUUCAAUGCCAACGACAGGGUACCAGGGACAGUUAAUGUCAAAUCAAGAUCGAGGGUUCUUACUCACUCAUCAGCGGGCAGAGGAAUCGAAUAUGCCAAUAGUGUCGGAGAGACAACUUCCCCCUUUCAAUAAUCAGCAACAAAAUCUAGAGUCAAGACGAGCAACGUUAGUUCAUCCACAUAGUUUCAACGACGCAAUGACAACAGGUGCGCAUCGUGACAGUAACGCCAUCCCCAGACAAUCUAGGCAGUUAUUCGAAGUAAACCCGUUUACCUCGGGAGAUUUAUCCUUCUUCAAGACCUCAACUAAUCAAAAUACAGACAUUUACCAUAACCAAAUAUAA